AUGAGUGGGGAGGCGGAGGAGAUGAUGUCGUUAAAAUUGGGAAUGGGAGUCCGGCCAAAGCUGAGGCUGAGAUUGAGGAGAAGAUGGAAGUUCAAUUUUGUCUCUGAGAUUGAGUCCGGGUCUUCUUGA